AUGUUAUGCGGUAAUUCUAAAUACUGCUACCUCUGUGUCCACGUGUCCAAUGUGUGCUAUCGUCUCAACAUCAACUACUAUAUGCCAUCAUUACAACCAACUGCCCUCCGGCUAUCUGACUUAUACAGGAAUAUCUUCUUCGGAUGGGCGUAUACCAUAGUGAUGUAUGUGGUACCAUUCAGUCUGCUGAUCGUCCUCAAUUCCUUGGUUCUCUCAGCUGUAAGACGCAGUCGUCGAAUGCAUAUGGUUAGUCAGGUGAGAUCUGACGAUUUUUCUUUACAACCCGUGACAGGUUAG